UUUGACAGCAAUGGGUAUUUGAGAAGCUAAUUCAGCACUUCUUUUAUUGUUUUAAUUUAUUUAUUUACCAAUGAAUUGAAAUUCUUUUACAAUUAAUUAACGUAAAUCAAGCAAGCACAAUGGAGUUAAUUUACUCCAUGCGCCGGAAACCAUUGAAAUGCGAGCCACCGCACUUCGAAACGUCAUCAGACCCAGAAGUGGUUCGCCCAAUUUGCACCAUAUCGGCAUGCAAUAUAAUUGCAUUCUCGUCACCCACGGAGCUGUCGGACUCUGACGGGUGCACUUGGGGCGGCCACGUGUACGUGUGUGACCUAGACACGCCGUGGGACAGCCAUAAAGUCACUAGCACAGUUCACCCUGUCUCGGCUCUAGAAUGGGACAGUGAGGGCAAGCAGCUCCUCGUGGCCACGACUGAGGGUGAAGUCUCCGUGUUUGGCAUGAAAGAGUUCCUGUUGAAUGAUUGGGGCUGUCUGUACAACGCAUCGUUCCCAGGUGAACACGUGAUAAAGGCAGCGUUCUUCCACAAUGGCCGAAGAGUUUCAUGCGACAAGAAGCCCGAUGUGCCGGCUGCGGAGCGCCUGCAGCUGCUUAGACCCACACCUACACUGAAGGGGUUUGGCGGCAUAGCAUGUGAAGGUGCCUGCAUUAUCACUGCUACUGGUCUCAUCGGGGCCCUAACACCUUCAGGGGAGCCGGGCAAAGCGCUCAGCGGGGCCGAAUGUCUCCGGCCGGCGAGGGACAAGGUUCCUGCUGCGAGCGUCGCUCAUAAAAAUGGCACCCUAAUAGUAGCAGCAGGCGGCGUCAACUGUGUUCGUUGCGCCGUGUGCUCGGUAACAUUAUCUCGGGCUCCGCAUCAGGCGCCCUCGCUGAUUGUGCAGCCUCUACCGGCGGUGUAUCUGGAUUAUACGCCUGUGUCUCUAACUUGGAGUCUUCGAGAGGAUACAGAUUCCCUUCUCAUCGCCGGUUCUACUCUCUCAGUAUGGAAUUUGACACAACGGGCACAUCCUGUACAUAAACUACUGUCUAAAGGUCCGUUGCAAGGCAGCACGACCCCCGGAGGAGGUCAGAAACCGGGAUCUGACUGUUUCAACACAGUGGUGUGGCAACAGAUAUCGGUGUUGCCGGUGGAGGGCGGCGCGCACGUGUGCUCGCGGCGCCUGCACGCGGCGGCGCCGCACCACGUGCUGGCGGCGCACCGCCCCAACAGGCUGUUACUGCAUCGAGACACGCAUAGGGGCGGCGCGCACGUGUGCUCGCGGCGCCUGCACGCGGCGGCGCCGCACCACGUGCUGGCGGCGCACCGCCCCAACAGGCUGUUACUGCAUCGAGACACGCAUAGGGGCGGCGCGCACGUGUGCUCGCGGCGCCUGCACGCGGCGGCGCCGCACCACGUGCUGGCGGCGCACCGCCCCAACAGGCUGUUACUGCAUCGAGACACGCAUAGGGGCGGCGCGCACGUGUGCUCGCGGCGCCUGCACGCGGCGGCGCCGCACCACGUGCUGGCGGCGCACCGCCCCAACAGGCUGUUACUGCAUCGAGACACGCAUAGGGGCGGCGCGCACGUGUGCUCGCGGCGCCUGCACGCGGCGGCGCCGCACCACGUGCUGGCGGCGCACCGCCCCAACAGGCUGUUACUGCAUCGAGACACGCAUAGGGGCGGCGCGCACGUGUGCUCGCGGCGCCUGCACGCGGCGGCGCCGCACCACGUGCUGGCGGCGCACCGCCCCAACAGGCUGUUACUGCAUCGAGACACGCAUAGGGGCGGCGCGCACGUGUGCUCGCGGCGCCUGCACGCGGCGGCGCCGCACCACGUGCUGGCGGCGCACCGCCCCAACAGGCUGUUACUGCAUCGAGACACGCAUAGGGGCGGCGCGCACGUGUGCUCGCGGCGCCUGCACGCGGCGGCGCCGCACCACGUGCUGGCGGCGCACCGCCCCAACAGGCUGUUACUGCAUCGAGACACGCAUAGGGGCGGCGCGCACGUGUGCUCGCGGCGCCUGCACGCGGCGGCGCCGCACCACGUGCUGGCGGCGCACCGCCCCAACAGGCUGUUACUGCAUCGAGACACGCAUAGGGGCGGCGCGCACGUGUGCUCGCGGCGCCUGCACGCGGCGGCGCCGCACCACGUGCUGGCGGCGCACCGCCCCAACAGGCUGUUACUGCAUCGAGACACGCAUAGGGUAAGUGUUGCCGGUGGAGGGCGGCGCGCACUGUUGCCGGUGGAGGGCGGCGCGCACGUGUGCUCGCGGCGCCUGCACGCGGCGGCGCCGCACCACGUGCUGGCGGCGCACCGCCCCAACAGGCUGUUACUGCAUCGAGACACGCAUAGGAUAAGCACUACAGCGGUGAGUGUGUCGGGGCUCCCGGGGCUGGAGGCCGGCGCGACGCCUCCAAAAAAAAGCAAAUACGGUGGAGCCUUAGCAACAGGAGCGGCGUGCGCCAUAGUUUCAUGCGUGGACAUAUCUUGGCUCGGUGGCGUGUGUGUGUGCGUCGACACUCAUGCUCAACUACAUGUAUAUCGUCUGCCUGCAGCUGAUAUUUCCACGCCAUUGCUAGUGCAGCAUACGACAUCGCUGUUAGAGUACGCGAUGGUUUCUGGACUGGAUUAUCGGGAUAUCAUCAUGACGCUAAAACCGAACGCCAUUGAUGCUGUGUAUGAGAGGUUUACGGAGAGUUUCCAACGUCAACCACAGGCUUUCCAGCAGUUCUAUUAUCAGAACUGGCUGAAACUACGCAUUGCGCUUUGCAGAGUAAUGCCGACCGCUCAAGGCGCGGUAUCGUCACUUACGCAGCUAACCACACUCGCCGGCGCGUGGGCGGCGCUGGCGGCCGCUUUACGCGGAGACGACCGGCGACACGACGACGUGCGGUUGGACGCGCUGCUAGAACACGAACACGACAAGGCACUAGUAACAUUAGAAGCGAAAGCCGAAUUAUCAAGCGACGCCGUAGCGUUGACUCCACUGCGUCGCAUCUUGCAACAGUGCGUCGACAUAGCCACCACACAUCUGCAACAUGCCGCGACGGGCCACACACAUCCCGACGCCGUUGCUCUAACGCCCCGCGUUGCCACACUUAUCCGUAAGUUACCUAUAUUCUAUGCACUAGUGACACUAGAAGCGAAAGCGGAACUGUCAAGCGACGCCAUAGCGUUGACUCUACUACGUCGCAUCUUGCAACAGUGCGUCGACAUCGCGACAACGCAUCUGCAACAUGCUGCAACGGGCCACACGCAUCCGUAUGAGACGUGGACGGACGGCACGGCGUUAGCACUGCUGCGCAAGCUGGUGGUGGCGGCGCGGGCCGCGGGCCGCGGCGGGGAGCCCCUGUCCCGCGCGCUGGCCAGGCUGCAGCACCAGAACACCAAGGAGGCCCGAGAGGAAUGCGCGACGCUAUGCCUCCAGCUGACGACCCCUCGCAUCUGGGAGUCGCUGCCGCGCUGCACGGUCUCCGCGCCGCACGGCAAGCCCUGCCCUCAUUAUUUUGAAUAUGGUACAGAGCCCGAAGGUUUAAGAUACGCGCCCGAACCACCGAACUACGGCACUAUGUGCGAAGUGAUGCCUUCACUAGGGAUGGAUUGCAUACGGUACAUGUAUCUAGGCGCGUGCGCAGGCUCGUGCCGCGCGUGCACUCGGUGCGGUGCGCGCGCACUAGCUGCAGCGCGCCCCGCCAAGCAUCCCAUGCAAAGGGCCUACGACGGACGGUUCCUGGCUGCCUGCAGGUGCGGCGGUAAAUGGACUUUGGUCUCAAAUUACUAAACGACAUGCUGAAUAUUAAUUAAGAUUAGAUUAAGCUCACUAAUGAAGUUUUAUACUUUUAAAUAGAACCAUAAUGAAUUUACCAAAAUAAAAAUGAAUUUUGAUAUUUUAAUCAAA